AUGUCCUUAGUCGGGAACUUUACCUCCAACUAUGAUCGGGAGGCUGUAUCCGGCGGCGUUCCACCACCAGAGAUGGGUGGCAGACGACCUUCAAACUACAACGACAACGAGCAAGCUGCCGAGUCAGAUGCUUCAACCAUAGCAGCUGCCGAGAACUCACCACCAAGGAGCAACAACCAAUAUGCCGACCAAAAGGAUGGAUCUUACAACACACAUGACGCGGACGAAAUCGCCGAGGCUAAUAGGAGAGAAGAGGCCGUUCACGCACUUGCCCGACGACUUACCUCGCAAAGUCAAAUGUCUUCAGCCAACCAGAACCCUUUCAACGCAGCACCAAAUUCUUCGCUAGACCCUAAUGGCGAGCAUUUUAAUGCACGAGCAUGGACGAAGGCCAUGCUUAACCUCCAGUUGAACGACGAAAAUGCACCACCUACACGAACUGCUGGUGUUUCUUUCCGCGACCUCAACGUUCACGGUUUCGGAGCCGACACUGAUUACCAAAAGAGUGUUGGUAACGUGUGGCUGGAUGGACCUGGACUCGUCAGGAAAGUCAUGGGUAACAAGGGUCGCAAGAUUAACAUUCUACAACACUGCGAUGGUCUGGUCGAGGCUGGCGAGAUGUUGGUUGUUCUUGGACCUCCUGGAUCUGGUUGCUCUACUUUCCUCAAGACUAUCACUGGAGAGACACACGGCUUCUUCGUUGACGAACACUCGCACAUUAACUACCAAGGUGUCAGCCCAGAGCUCAUGAACAAGAACUACCGUGGUGAAGCCAUCUACACUGCCGAAGUCGAUGUUCAUUUCCCCAUGAUGACCGUUGGAGAGACUCUUUACUUUGCUGCUCAAGCACGUCGCCCGAGGAACAUCCCUGGUGGCGUCAGUGUGCAGCAAUUUGCUGAGCACCAGCGCGAUGUCAUCAUGGCCCUGUACGGAAUUUCUCACACUAUCAACACCCGUGUUGGUAACGACUUCCUCCGUGGUGUAUCUGGAGGAGAGCGAAAGCGUGUCACUAUCGCUGAAGCUUCCCUCAGCAGAGCGCCACUGCAAGCUUGGGAUAACUCCACCAGAGGUCUCGACUCCGCAAACGCCAUCGAGUUCUGCAAAACCCUCCGCAUGGAAACCGAGAUCAACGGCACCACUGCCUGUGUUGCCAUCUACCAGGCGCCUCAGGCUGCCUACGACCUCUUCGACAAGGCACUUGUGCUCUACGAGGGCCGCCAGAUCUUCUUCGGAAAGACCACUGAGGCGAGGGCCUUCUUCGUCAACAUGGGUUUCCACUGCCCCGACCGUCAAACCGAUGCCGAUUUCUUGACUUCCAUGACCAGUCCUUUGGAGCGCAUCGUUCGCGAGGGCUUCGAGGACCGUGUUCCUCGCACCCCUGACGAGUUCGCGCAGCGCUGGUUGGAGUCUCCUGAGCGAGCAGCUCUUCUACGCGACAUUGAAGCCUACGAGCAAAAGUACCCCAUUGGUGGCGAGGCUGCCGAGCGCUUCAAGGAGUCGCGCCAGCUUCAGAAGGCCAAGGGUCAGCGUGAGAAGUCGCCUUACACUCUCUCAUACGUCCAGCAAGUCAAGCUUUGCUUGUGGAGAGGUUUCGUUCGCUUGAAGGCAGAUCCCAGUAUCACCGUCACCCAACUCGUCGCCAACUCCAUCAUGGCCCUCAUCAUCUCGUCCGUCUUCUACAACCUCCCAUCGACCACUUCCAGUUUCUACUCUCGCUCCGCUCUUCUCUUCUUUGCUAUCCUGAUGAACGCCUUCGGUUCCGCCCUCGAGAUUCUGACCCUUUACGCUCAACGUCCCAUUGUCGAAAAGCACUCGCGCUACGCCUUGUACCACCCGUCCGCCGAGGCCUUUGCCAGUAUGUUGACCGAUAUGCCGUACAAGAUUGUCAACGCCAUCACCUUCAACUUGGUCCUGUAUUUCAUGACGAACCUUCGACGAGAACCCGGAAACUUCUUCUUCUUCAUCCUGAUUUCCUUCACAUUGACGCUCGUCAUGUCCAUGUUCUUCCGUUCCAUUGCCGCUUGCUCUCGCUCCCUUGUCCAGGCUUUGGCACCCGCCGCCAUCCUCAUCUUGGGUCUUGUCAUGUACACUGGUUUUGCCAUUCCUCCUAGCUACAUGUUGGGUUGGUCCAAGUGGAUCCGUUACAUCAACCCUGUCAGCUACGGUUUUGAGGCCCUCAUGGUGAACGAAUUCCACAACAGAAAUUUUGAGUGCAACGACUUCCUCCCAUCAGGUCCUGGCUACGAGGAUAUCUCUGGCCUUCAACAAGCCUGCAGGACUAUCGGAUCUGUUCCUGGACAGCCAUUCGUCAACGGUGAUGACUACAUCAACUCGGCCUUCGACUACUAUGCGAAGAACAAGUGGCGCAACUUCGGUAUCAUGUGGGCCUUCAUGUUUGGUCUCAUGGGCGUCUACCUUGUUGGUACUGAGUACAUCACUGCUAAGAAGUCCAAGGGUGAAGUCCUUGUCUUCCGUCGUGGCCACAAGGCAGCUGCCCCCAAGAGCAAGUCUGAAGAAGAUCUUGAGGCCGCCGUUCCCGGACGUAACGUCACUGCCCAGAACGAUUCCGACAACAUUGCCAUCAUCGAACGCCAAACUGCCAUCUUCCAAUGGGAGGACGUCUGCUACGAUAUCACAAUCAAGAAGGAGCCCCGCCGCAUUCUUGACCACGUUGACGGAUGGGUCAAGCCCGGUACUUUGACUGCGCUCAUGGGUGUCUCUGGUGCCGGUAAAACGACGCUUCUCGACUGCUUGGCCACACGUACCACUAUGGGUGUUAUUACUGGUCAAAUGCUGGUCGACGGCAAGCCUCGCGAUGACUCUUUCCAGCGCAAGACAGGUUACGCCCAACAGCAAGAUCUUCAUCUCUCCACCUCGACUGUCCGUGAAGCCCUUACCUUCUCCGCCGUUCUCCGUCAGCCAGCACACGUCUCUCGUAAAGAAAAGAUCGAAUACGUCGAGGAGGUCAUCAAGCUUCUGGAGAUGACCGAAUACGCUGACGCCGUUGUCGGUGUCCCUGGUGAAGGUCUCAACGUUGAGCAGCGAAAGCGUCUUACUAUCGGUGUAGAACUAGCUGCAAAGCCCGCUCUUCUUCUCUUCUUGGACGAACCAACCUCUGGACUGGACUCUCAAACAUCUUGGGCUAUUCUCGAUCUUCUGGACAAGUUGAAGAAGAAUGGCCAGGCUAUUCUUUGCACUAUCCAUCAGCCCAGUGCCAUGUUGUUCCAACGUUUCGAUCGUCUUCUAUUCCUGGCCCGUGGUGGACGUACUGUCUACUACGGAGAGGUCGGUGAAAACUCCAAGAUUCUGGUCGAUUACUUUGUCCGCAACGGAGGUCAUCCUUGCCCACCCGCCGCUAACCCUGCUGAAUGGAUGUUGGAAGUCAUUGGUGCCGCUCCCGGUUCACACACAGACAUUGACUGGCACCAGACCUGGCGCAACUCUGAGGAGUAUCGUGAAGUCAAGCGCCAUCUUGCUGAACUCAAGUCCGAACGUGGUCAGGCUGAAGCUCUCCAGCGUACUUUGUCUGCUCAGAAGCGUGAGGACAAGGCCGCCUUCCGCGAGUUUGCCGCUCCUUUCCCUGUUCAACUCCGCGAGACCAUGGUCCGUGUCUUCCAGCAAUACUGGCGCACACCUUCGUACAUCUACUCCAAGACCUUCCUCUGUGUUCUUUCGGCUCUCUUCAUCGGUUUCUCGCUCUUCCAGAUGCCCAACACUCAGACGGGUCUCCAGAACCAAAUGUUCGGUAUCUUCAUGUUGAUGACAAUCUUCGGUCAGUUGGUCCAGCAGAUCAUGCCUCACUUCGUCACCCAGCGUGCUUUGUAUGAGGUCCGUGAACGUCCUUCCAAGGCCUACUCGUGGAAGGCAUUCAUGAUCUCCAACAUCGUUGUCGAACUUCCCUGGAACUCCCUCAUGGCUGUGCUCAUCUUCUUCUGCUGGUACUACCCUAUCGGCCUGUACAAGAACGCAGAGUAUACUGACGCCGUCACCCUCCGUGGCUUCCAGCUCUUCCUCUUCACGUGGAUGUUCUUGCUCUUCACUUCUACAUUCACGCACAUGGUUAUCGCUGGUCUCGACUCCGCCGAGACUGGUGGUAACUUGGCCAACUUGAUGUUCUCGCUCUGCCUCAUCUUUUGUGGUGUCCUCGCUCAGCCUUCCACGUUCCCUCGCUUCUGGAUCUUCAUGUACCGUCUUUCGCCCUUUACGUACAUGGUGUCUGGCAUGUUGUCUAUUGGUCUUGCCAACAGUGUAGUCGAAUGUGCGCAAAACGAGUUGAUUCACUUCAACCCUCGCCCGAACCAAACUUGCGGUGAAUACAUCGCGGACUGGAAAGCAUUGGCUGGCGGCAAGAUGCACAACCCCGAAGCAACCGAAAACUGCAACUUCUGCGCCAUUGAGGACACCAAUGUCUUCCUCGCCAGUAUCUCUUCCAGCUACUCCACCGUGUGGCGCAACUUUGGAAUUCUCUGGGCCUACGUCAUUUUCAACAUCGCUGCCGCUCUCCUUCUCUACUACCUUGUCCGCGUACCCAAGACCAAGAAGGACAAGAAAGACAAGAAGGAGGUCGGUGGACACAGUGGCGCUGUCAAGGAGGAGAGGCUUGAUCAGCCUUCGCACGUUGGUAGCAGCCGCAACUCAAACGCCGAUGGUGAGAAGAAUGUUGAGCCCGCAAGAUACGCUUCCAUCACCGGCGCCAACACACCACCAGCCCAAGAGAUCUCAGAGAAGGCAUAA